AGCCGGGAACCUGUUUGGCGGGAAGUUGGCCUGUUUGGCGGGAAGUUGGACCCGUUCCCUGCUCCCCACCCUUUUUCUCCCCAGAGGCUUCUCUAUCGUCCCUCCAUAAUCUCUGCGUACGGCAGAGUACCGCUUUGCACGGACGACGCGAUGGCCCCCAAGAAACGCCCAGAGACCCGGAAGCCCCUCGAGAUGGUGUUGUGCCCCAAGAGCAAGAAGAGCAGGAGCCCCCGGGAGCUGGAGCCCGCGGCCAAGAAGCUCUGUGUGAAGGGCCCCGGUUGUAGCAGAAGAUCUGACUCGGGCUGCCUUAGGGAGAGGUUGACUAGCCUGCAGGUCCCACCACAAUGCAGGAGCAUUGUCAGGGCCCUCCAUCACCACAAGCUGGGCAGAACCGCCUGGCCAUCUCUACAGAAGGAUCUCCAGCAGUCCUUUUUGCACUCUCUGGCUUCUUACCGGAUAUCCCAAAAGGCUGCCCCUUUUGACAGGAGGGCCACAUCCUUGACAUGGCACCCAACUCACCCCAGCACCCUGGCCGUGGGUUCCAAAGGGGGAGAUAUCAUGCUCUGGAACUUGGGCAUAAAGGACAAGCCCACCUUCAUUAAAGGGAUUGGAGCUGGAGGCAGCAUCACUGGGCUGAAGUUUAACCCUCUCAAUACCAACCAGUUUUUCACCUCCUCCAUGGAGGGAACAACUAGGCUGCAAGACUUUAAAGGCAACACUCUCCAAGUUUACACCAGCUAUGACACCUGCAACUUCUGGUUUUGCAGCCUGGAUGUGUCCGAGAAAAGCCGAGUGGUGGUCACAGGAGACAAUGUGGGGAACGUGAUCCUGCUGAACAUGGACGGCAGGGAGCUGUGGAACCUGAGAUUGCACAAAAAGAAAGUGACCCAUACAGCCCUGAACCCAUGCUGUGAUUGGUUCCUGGCCACAGCCUCUGUAGAUCAAACAGUGAAAAUCUGGGACCUGCGCCAGGUUAAAGGGAAAUCCAGCUUCCUCUACUCACUGCCACACAGUCAUCCUGUCAACGCAGCUCAUUUCAGUCCUGAUGGAGCCCAGCUCCUGACCACCGACCAGAAGAGUGAGAUCCGGGUUUAUUCUGCCUCCCAGUGGGACAGCCCCCCAAGCCUGAUCCCACAUCCUCACCGCCACUUCCAGCACCUGACACCCAUCAAGGCAUCCUGGCAUCCACGGUACAACCUCAUUGUUGUGGGCAGAUACCCAGAUCCUAAUUUCAAAAGUUGUUUCCCCCAUGAAUUAAGGACAAUCGAUGUGUUUGAUGGAAGCUCAGGGAAGUUGAUGCAUCAGCUCUAUGACUCAGAAUCUUCUGGUAUCAUUUCGCUCAAUGAGUUCAAUCCUAUGGGGGACACACUGGCCUCUCUGAUGGGUUAUCACGUUCUCAUUUGGAGCCAGGAGAAAGCUGGGAUAUGGAAAUGAGAGGCAAUAAUGAAGGUGUGGGCCAAACAAGGACUUGGAGCCACAUGAGAACAAGUCCUGUGAGAAGAGGCAGCUAUGUGUUAAAGGAC